AUGCGAGCGAGACGUAUCGGUAGUACGCGCAGUAACUCGUCGAGUCUUAGCUCCAAAACGAAGGCAAUACUCAGUCAUUUGGAACGACUGAAUACACCAGCUCGAGAAGCUCGCAAACUUCCUGUGAUGCGUGGAUCAACAGUGCCAUCGGAACGUUGGGCGCCUAUGCGCUCAUGUGCAGCUCCUCCACUUGUCAAAUCCAGUGCGACAGUUCCGUCUCGUAUCCAGCUUCUAUCUUCAUCAAUG